AGGGCAGCCCAGGGCAGCACUGUGGCCUCUGGAUUGCUGCUCUCUGUAUCCUAUAGCUCCAACUUUGUGUCCUGCAGACAUGGCCUCAUUGCUGCGUGUCCCUCUGCUGCUCCUGGCUGCAGUGGUCUUGGACCUGGCCAUGACCCCCAUGGCAUUGGAGUUCCAUCAGAAGGGGCCUUACCUACCUGGGGGCCUGCAAGAUGUGGACAUUAACGAUAAAGGUGUGCAGGAAGCAGUGGACUUUGCUCUCCGUGAGUACAACAAUGACAGCAAAGACCUGAACCUCAGCCGCUUGGUGCAGGUGGUGCGUGCCCGUGAGCAGGUGGUGGGCGGCAUGAACUACUACUUGGACUUGGAGAUCGGCAGAACCACAUGUGCCAAGGACCAGCCCACCCAGGAUGACUGUCCCUUCAGUGGGGAGCUGACGCAGCUCUGCUCCUUCGUGGUCUAUGACAGGGCUUGGGACGACUACAUGGCCGUGAUAAGUGCCACCUGUCACACUACCUAAGGUUCUGUUUUGGCCAGGACAAAAUGACUACCCCUUACCUAUGUCCCCUGCCUUGUCUCUAACCAUGUGAUGGAGCCUAGUCCUGAUGUAGUCUCCUCAGUGCCCCGGCACCUGGGCUCCAGGACAGCGGCUACUCUGGGCAGCAUGGACACCCACAAGCUGGACCCUCUUCCUUUCUCCUGUGCUUCUCAACCACACCUGUGGGGGACACACAGGCCGCCUCUGACUUGCUCAAUAAAACCUGCACAGCUCC